CCGGAGAUUGAGAUAAGAUUAGAUCUUGACUUGCUUGUCGACCUCUCGCGCUUCUUUUCCCUUUCAUUCCAUACCUUCUCUUCUCUUCCCAUCACCAAUGAUCCCGCGAUAGCAGCAUGCUCUAUGAGCUCAUCGGCGUAGUCCGCCCCGGCAGACAACUCAGCGAAAUCAAAGAAAUCGCCCGCACAACCGGCAACCUAGUCCUCACCUCGGGCGGCGUAGUGCGCGGCAUCAGCAACUGGGGUACCUUCCUGCUCCCGCACCCGGCCAAAAAACUCGGCGCAACGUACCACGCCGGCCACUACUUUAUCCUGCGCUUCGACGCCGCGCCCAAGACUCAGCAUGUGGUGCGGCGCACGCUCGGCCUCGACCCGCGCCUGCUGAGGUACAGUCUUGUCAAGAUGGGGAGUAAGCUGGAGGAGAUUAGUGAUGUGGCGGGACGGGCGGAGUGGGGGGGUGGUGAGGCCGGGCGGUGAGAUGGGGUUUUCUUGAUGGAGGGUUGGUCUUACGUGCAUGGGAUGGAGUGAGGAGUGUGUGGGCAUGCUUUUGCAUGGUGGGAGGCUUUUUAUAGAGUAUCAAUGAUUCAAAUGCCAAAGAACGCCAGUUGGACUUCUUU